ACCGGUUUUGUUUUCGCACAAGUUGGCAGCGCCGUCUGAUAUUGUAACAUUAGGUUUUUGUUUUAAACAAUUAGAAUACGGUUUAAAAAGAAGCAUGUGGUGCACACGCUCAGCUGCAAGGCUGGUCAGUGGCUUAACAACAACGCUGCGAGCGCAACAAACAUAUAAACAACAUGGAGUGGCGGCUCUGACCGCCAGAUUCACAGAGCAAUGCAGUUUCUGCUCAACUGGCGUCGUGGACAGUCCCAACAAGGCAACAAAACAAACCACAGAGGAUGGCAGCAUAUUAAAACGUGUUCUGACCAAAGUGGGCUUUGCGCCCAACACAAAAGCCCGCCUUAAGGUAACCAGUCACCUGCUGUACGAGAGUGUGGCGGACAAGAUCAACUAUGUGGCCUUCUUUCGCGAUUUUAAUCUGCCCAAUACGUUCAACUCCUGGUUUCUGGUCACCGAGCUGCAUGUGUGGCUAUUGCUGAUGCGCUCCAUGGCCGAAGGCGCCGAGACCGGCGAGGAUGGACGCUUUCUGCGCAACUGCAUUGUGGAGGCCAUGUGGGGAGAUGUUAACACACGAGCCAAAAAACUGGGUGCCAAUAACCCAUCGCGAACCAGACAACAAAUUGAGACGCUCUCCGAACAGUUUCAGGCGGCGUUGAUUGCGUACGACGAGGGCAUCAUGUCGGAUGAUCGUGUGCUAGCUUGUGCCCUGUGGCGUCGAUUCUUUGAGAUGGACUGCGAGGAUUAUGUCCACAUCGAAAGACUUGUCAAAUAUGUGCGCCAGCAGACCAUCAUGCUGGAUAAUUUAACACGCGAUCAGUUUAUAACGAAACCAAAUGUGGCCUGGCUCGAUCUGGACAAGUGCAAAGUGGAUGCAUAGAGAAUGUUUCUUGUUUAGUUGGUGUUAUUAAAGUCAAUCUAUAUACAA